ACCACCGAACCCAUCUCACUGUUAGAAGCAGGCUUCCCUCCCUCCCUUCCUCUCUUUCUUUUAUCUUUCCUUUCCCUCUCUUCCAUUGCAGCCAUGGAAGAAGCAGAGGUGAUGGGUCCUCUGCCGGUCGCCAUUUCUGCUCCACCAGCUGCGGAUUCGAUUCACAUGAGGCUACCUCCAAGAUGGGUUUCAGCUGAGGCUGUCCAGAGCGUCGCCAGGGAGGCGGCGGAGAGGAUUCUGGCCGCUGAGCGGAAGGCCUGGAGGUUCCAGAGGGACGUCGAUGCUGUGAGGGAGGAGGCGCUGAUGAUGCUGGUACGCUUGAAGCAGACGAUGGACUUGAAGAUUGCUGAAGCAGAAAAGGCAUCAUUCAUUCAGAGCAGAAGGAUUAAGGAACUUGAGUCUCAGCUAAUGGAAGCAGAAGAUACAAUACAAAAUCUUAGAAAUGAAUUGAAUAGAUCCUCUGGAGAGUGUGGGAAGAAAAAUGUCAUUCGGGAGGCAUCAGAUCCACAUGUUUUAGCAACAAAUGCCACUUCUUUUCAAUCUGCUUGUAAUGGAGACAAAUUCAAAUCAUCAGUUUCUGUUUGUUCCCAAAGUGAACCACUCCCACUGUCUGAAUACAAGGGCAUGGAUUUCAGAUUGUCAAAUGACUCCCAGCAAGAAAUGUUUGGAAAUUCAACAGUACAGAGUAGUGCAUCCUUAGAAAACUUUAAUGCAUGCAACCCAGACUUAGCAGCAAUUAUUUUGAGAUGUAAAGAAACAGAAUCAUAUAGGAAUGGAUGUACUCAAAGAAUUCGUGCAUUUGAGAAGAACCUACUUGCUGAACGUUGGCCUCGUUCUGAAAAAAAUAUUAAUGGGUACUCCCUUGGAAAGAAUGGCAUUGAUGCAACUGGUGCCCUAGAACAAUCUUUUGCUCUUUCAUCUGCCAUGAAUAAGGAAAAUGAAGCAGGAAUUGAGGAUGUGAACAACCUGACACAAGCUAGGGACAUGGUGCACAUUGAGGGCCACACUGAGAAGAAAGAAGCUGGUGAUGACUGCUAUGUGGAGGAAGGCAAAGACCUGGAAGAGCAUACUAAUUUAUCUGCUGAUGUUGAUUCCCUAAGCAGUGGACAUGAUUGCAUUCCCUUGUCCUCAGCUCUAAACAUGGCUGACAAAGCAAUUCAAUGUGAAGACAGCAGUGUGAAUGCGUUGGCUGAAAAUGGAAAUAUUCAUAGCAACACAGAAAAACAGGAAAUGAAUUAUGGUCCGGCACUCAGCAAGCCAGAUUCUGAAGCUGCAAAUGAUCUGGAUGAUUCCACUACAAUAGAGACCAUCAUGAAAUCCAAUUCAUUGCAGAACUCUUAUGUGAACGAAAGGCAUUCUGAACCUCCUAAUGCCCCUGCCCGACCUGUGAAUGAUAAGCUUCUCAAGUACACAUUUCAUAGGAAACGCAAAAGGGAAGUAUCAUGUAACAAGCCUGAAAAUAUUGUUGAGGAAAAGAAACCAUGUUCAAGGAAGAGGACAGCUAGAAGACCUCGUAGUAUGCACAAGCCAUGUGGCUCUAGCACAGUGAUGGAGUCAUCUCGGGAUAGCAGGCGACUGGUGCAGGUUGCUCGUCAGCUCAUUUCUUUGUCUGGGAGGCGAUGGUGAUGAAAUAUUCCUACAUCUGAAAAAUAAGACACUUGUUUAUGGGUGCACGAACAAGCCCCAGAUCUGGGGGGAUUUGUCCCUUGCAGUAUCUCCAGUGGCCCAAUUGUCUUCCGAAAAGUCAUCUCUGUCCUUAUCUGAAGGCUCCAUGAGGAAUAUUGCAGGACGGUUGGAGGUCUCUUUCACUUUUCAAAUAAGCUAGUGAACCAAUGGUCAGCCUUGUACAUUCUACUUCCAUGUUUCUUCUCAAGGUAUUGCAUUCUUAAAUGUCUGUGGUUAUUACAUUGCUAGAAUAUUCAACCUGUAACGUGCGUGAAUCAUAGCUCUGAGUGACUUAACAGUCAUCAAUCCUCGAUGUAUUCCGUCUCUUGUCCAUGUGGAACAGAAUGGUAGGUUUUGUUAAUGGUUCAACAGUCUGUAAGAAUAAUUUCUUGUUUAUCAAAGCAAACUGAUCUACAUUCCUGUUGUAUAAUGAGAUGCUGUUAGCGUCAGCUACUUGAGCAGGCUCAGCAA